GCGCAAACCAAGUUCUGCCGGGGCGUACUGGGAACCCCCAGGGUUUCCAAGGUAACGCGGGGUUCCGCAUCACGAGGCCUAAUAAGAAGUUAGCAGCUAGCGGUAAAAAGUGUUAGCUAAAAGAUACUACACAGUCUGUGGAGUAACAAAUGUCGAGUAGUUUUGGUGUUUUGUAGGAAAAAGGAUUACAUUGAGACAAAUGUACUUUUAUUGUGGAAAAAUCGUUGUUUGUGUUUAAUAUCUUGGUUUAACUUUAUUAAGUACGUCACUGACAUUUGUCAAGCUAGCGCUACUCCCAAAUGCAGCAUUAAUGCUGGUGUAAAGGUUUUUCUUCCAGCCCAGGGUGAAAUGGACAGGGCAGGUAUUUGCAGCAACAACCGUAACACCACAAAGACGGAUCUCAGUUUGCUGCUCGAGUGUGUGAAGUUUCAGAUGAAAUGUCCAGAUUUACAGAAGCAAGCACUUCUCACCAUUCACUCCAUCUGUGAAAAGAAAGAGGAUAAUGUGGAUCUGCUGAGAGACCUAGGUGGCGUGGUAUUUUUGUAUAACCUGUCCAAAUCUAGUAUUGUUCAUUCAGAUGUUAAGGAGGUGGCUCUCUUUACUCUUGGCACACUAGCUGAGGCUAAUGUGUAUUGCAAGAAUUCUCUGUGCAGAAAGGAGAUAUUCACUGACAUUGCUGGACUCUUGAUGAAAGAAGACAGCCCACUGAAUCAGAAGAGGGUGUCUGUCUAUUUGCUGUUUGUGUUGGUUGCAAACAACAAAUUAGGGCAGACUUUAGCUCAAACCACGGGCUGCCUGGAAAUUCUGAUGGAACUUUUCAGGACCACUUUCCCCUUCCCAACAGUGGAUAAUUUGAGAACUGUUAGCCAAACUUACCAACUCUGGGCUUCUGUGUCUAGUGCUCUGUGUGGAUCUGUCAACAAUCCUCAGAAUGAGGAAGGUCAGCGUGUUUGCGUGGCAGCCUUUCCCAUGGUAAAAACGUGGCUUCAGCAGAUUUCUGUCCCCUCUACUGAAACAUUUCAACCCAUAUGCUCCUUUAUCGCCAUGACAGCUUCCAACAACUGUUAUGUACAGGAGAGUUUUGCUGCCUGUGGGGGUUUGGAAACUCUGACUCUCGCCCUGCUCCGUGUAGUGUCUGCUGCUGAUACAAGCUUGUUGUCUUAUCAGCUGUCUGUCGUUAUAGUGAAGACCUUAUCAGCUUGCAUCACUGAUAACCCCACUCUGGCAUCGGGUUUGGCGCAGUAUGGCUUAGUGUCCCACCUUUUCUCUCUGCUGACCAGCUCACACUUAGAUCCUGACGACAGACUCUCAGUUUUACUUACCAUUGGGGAGUGCACUGAGACCUCAGAGGAGCACCAGUCUCAGCUGGUGGGUUGUGGAGGCCUGCCGCUUAUGAUUAUUUUUCUCACAGAAGACUCAAGUGAGGAGGUUAAAAAGGCAGCCACGUUCAUACUGCAGACUUGCAAAAAGGCCACUUUGGGCUUGGGAGUGCAGGGUCUGGGGGAAAAGGAAGUUGAAAAUAUAAACAUCGAAGAGUUUAAGAGUUCCGCCCGAGAAAUGCUGCGCAGGAUCGAACUUUUAGAGAAAAGACAGCUAAAGGAGACUGAAGAGGAGCAAGAAGAUGUUAUUUGUCCACAUUUGGCUGAUCUUCAGUGUCUGCAAUCUAAGUCCCCACCUUUACCUCUACCACCAGAGAAACAAGGAGGCAGUAAAACUACCCACACACUGAGGCCUAUGCAGAAGAGCCGUUACAGCAGUUCCUUGUUUACACGUCCCUUGUCAGUGUGGCCGACAGAACCCAGAGAAAUUACAGGCUCUGAGAAGUCACAGGACAGUGAUUUAAACACGAAGGGGAAGAUUCCAGCAGAAGAACACUCAGUCUCUAAUGGCCGGUGUGCAGGUUGUGUGUUAACUUUUGAAGAAGUGACAAGCCGCACUUUUGCAUCGCUUCAAAGCUCCUGUGGGAACAGCUGCGACAUGCACAGAGUUCUGCAGGAGGCUACAGAGCGAUUCAGAAUGUGUCGGUUUAACUUUGAUGUCAGGCAAGAGCAAAAGAGCGUCACUGUUGAGCAUGCAGACACAAGCUCUGCAAAGGUUUCAUCGGCAAAGUUACAAAGAAGAUGUAAAAACGUGUGUGGCGUCACUUUGACUCCCCUGUACAAAACAACCAGCAAAGGGGCAUUUACCUCUAAGAACAGGACUGGUCCAAGCUUGACUCCUCUAAAAAGGCCACAUCAACCUGAAGCCAGCUAUAAAACAUCCGAUUCAGAGAGAAGAAGAAGAAGUAACCGUGAGCAUUAUACUGCUAUGGAUCAGUCAGAAAUAGGCACAGAUCACUGCUCCUCUAGAAGAAACAGGCAAGACUUCAGCCGUGAGGAAAUCCAUUAUUUGCUCUCUGGAGUAAAGAAAUAUGGCUACUCCUGGAACUUCAUUUUGUGGUCAUAUCCCUUCCAACCUGGACGAACCAAUGUUGGUCUGGCCAAAAAAUACAGAAGGCUAAUGGGAAAAUGAAAGUCAUAAAAAGAUGUGGUUUUAAAAUGACCUUUAGAUUACAUUAUAGUUUCAUCAUAUCUUCCUGUUUUCCCUUGGAAAUGUAGAAAAUGUUCUGGGUAGUCUUAGUCGUGUGACUGUGGGCCUGUCCAGUCAGACUGUUCCUGUAAAUAUCAGUUGGUUUGAUGAAUCUUUUCAUUUUGUUGCUUUUUAGAAAAUUGCACUCAUUUUAAGAGAAUAUAUAUCAAUAUACCCUUUAUAGUAAUGUAAUAUAUAGUACCAUUAGUAUUUAUUGUGUUUUUAAUGCUUUGCAUAUGGUUCUAAGUCUUCAAAAAAAUAAUCUUCACAAGAACAUGUUUGCUAAACUUUAAAAGUGUAUGUUCUGGUGAUUUUGUAAAGUUAUUUAUUGGUAUUUAUAUGUUUUUACAGUUUAUCACAUGUUUUCUGUCAUAAAAUGCACAUUGUAUUUGUAUAUGCUUGCUGUUGGUUUUAAAAAAUGUUGUUUAAGAGCAAACCUGAAA